UAAAUCAAACACCAACUAAUUUAACUAAGGACAGUGAUGUGUCAACAGUGCCAUGUGCAAGUGAGCACCCUGAUUCUGUCCCCAUGGACGAGCAAAAUUCAGCUUGUGGCAGUAAUGGAGCUCAAAUACAAUUAAAACCCAGUAAAGAAUUGGCAUCGCAGGCUGAGUCUGUCAGUCAGAGCCAGGAGCAGGUGGGGGUCUCAGAGGGAGAGGUGGUGGCAGAGGUGAGGGAGGAGGAGGAAAGCAGGGGGAAGGGUAGUAGCCAUGUGGAAAUAGAAGAGUGGGUGAUUGAAGAUAACACAAUGGCAGAGGUGAAUGAAGGAGCCACACAUUUACUAAGAGAGGUAGAACCAGGACAAGAAAAUGAAUACAAUGAUGGGUACUUUAAAGAUCAGAUAGAUGUCCCUUAUGCUGUACGUUCUCGCCGAGCAGCUAACAGACACCCUCAUUUCCCCCAGUACAACUAUCAGGUACAGGUAGCAGAGAAUCAACCUCCUGGCACCUCAGUUAUAUUAAUGCUGGCAGAAGAUCCAGAUCCUGGUGAGGCUGGCAGACGUAGCUAUAGCAUGUCCCCUUUGAUGAACAGCAGAUCUAUGGACUAUUUCCUUAUCGAUCCUAUAACUGGACUUAUCACCACCACACACGUGCUAGAUAGAGAACACAUGGAUCUCCAUUACUUCAGAGUUACAGCAACAGAUCACGGCUCACCACGUCUGUCCGGAACAACAAUGGUGUCAAUUACAGUUUCCGACCGGAAUGAUCACUCUCCAAUUUUUGAGCAAACUGAAUAUCGGGAAACAAUCCGAGAGAACGUCGAGGAAGGGUAUCCAAUACUGCAGCUGCGUGCUACCGAUCUUGACUCCCAAGCUAAUGCUAACAUUCGAUACCGGUUCAUCGGGGAAAUUGCUGCCAAUGCUCGUUCCGCGUUUGAAAUUGAUCCCCGAUCAGGACUUAUCUCUACACGAGGUAUAGUUGACAGAGAGGUAAAUGAACGCUAUACGCUGCAAGUAGAGGCGACUGAUCAAGGUCGCGAGCCAGGUCCACGGUCUGCUACAGUUAAUGUAUACAUAACGGUUCUAGAUGAAAACGACAACGUUCCACAGUUCAGCCAGAAACGUUAUGUGGUGGCGGUCCGAGAAGACGUGCGGCCACAUUCUGAAAUCCUGCGAGUCAGCGCUUCUGAUGAGGAUAAAGACGUAAAUGCAGCUGUCCACUACAACAUCAUUAGUGGGAACAGCAGGGGACAGUUUGCUAUUGAUAGCGUGACGGGGGAAAUACAAGUUGUGGCACCACUGGACUUUGAGACAGAACGAGAGUAUACGUUACGACUCCGUGCUCAGGAUAACGGUCGUCCACCUUUGUCAAAUAACACUGGAAUAGUGAGUGUCCAAGUCACUGACGUUAACGACAAUCCACCGAUUUUUGUAUCCACCCCAUUUCAAGCCACAGUGCUGGAAAGUGCCCCUGUUGGCCACUCUGUCUUGCACAUACAAGCCAUCGACACUGAUAAUGGUGAUAACGCCCGUCUUGAGUACAGGCUAACAGGAACUGGCUCAGACACACCUUUUGUCAUUAAUGCUGCAACUGGAUGGGUCACAGUAAGUUCAGGACUGGACAGGGAAACAGUGGAACACUAUUUUUUUGGUGUCGAGGCCAGGGAUUAUGGUGUGCCACCUCUGUCUGCGACAGCUAGUGUUACAAUAACAGUGAUGGAUGUCAAUGAUAAUCGUCCAGAGUUCCUGCAGAAGGAGUACUAUGUCAGACUGAAUGAGGACGCUGCAGUCGGCACGAGCGUCGUUACUGUAACAGCGGUUGACCGGGAUAUCAACAGUGCCGUAACCUAUCAGAUCACAGGUGGAAACACACGCAACCGUUUUGCUAUUAGCACAGCUGGAGGGGCUGGACUUCUUUCCCUGGCACUGCCACUUGACUACAAACAGGAGCGGCGCUACGUCCUAACAAUAACUGCUUCUGAUAGAACUCUGCACGAUACCUGUCAGGUACACGUGAACAUCACAGAUGCCAAUACACACCGACCAGUGUUCCAGAGCGCUCACUAUUCUGUGAGCGUAAAUGAGGACAAACCUCCUGGUAGCACCGUCGUGGUGAUAAGUGCCACUGAUGACGAUGUAGGUGAGAAUGCUCGCAUCACAUACUUCCUGGAGGACAACAUUCCACAGUUUCGAAUCGAUCCUGCAACCGGCGCUAUUACCCUCCAGGCUGAGCUGGAUUACGAGGACCAAAUGACGUACACCCUUGCCAUCACAGCCCGCGACAACGGGAUUCCACAGAAAUCAGACACAACCUAUGUUGAAGUCAACGUGAACGAUGUCAAUGACAAUGCACCACAAUUCCUCAGCCAACACUACCAGGGUGGGGUCAGUGAAGAUGCCCCACCUUUCACAAGCGUCCUACAGAUCUCUGCAACUGAUCGGGAUGCUCAUGCUAACAGCCGUGUCCAAUAUACUUUCCAAAAUGGUGAAGACGGCGAUGGUGACUUUACCAUCGAACCCACUUCUGGAAUAGUCCGCACUGUACGCCGAUUGGACCGUGAAAGUGUUCCAUUCUAUGAACUGACUGCAUAUGCAGUGGAUCGUGGAGUUCCACCACAGCGCACACCUGUACGCAUCCAGGUCAGUGUCAUGGACGUUAACGAUAAUGCUCCUGUGUUUCCCGCCGAUGACUUUGCAGUUCGGGUUAAAGAGAAUAGUGCAGUCGGGUCUGUCGUAGCACAGAUCACUGCAACGGAUCCAGACGAAGGUCCAAAUGCCCAGAUCAUGUACCAGAUUGUAGAAGGUAACAUUCCAGAGAUCUUUCAAAUGGACAUCUUUUCAGGAGAGCUAACAUCUCUGAUUGAUCUGGAUUAUGAGACCAAAAACGAGUACAUCAUUGUGGUCCAAGCCACCUCAGCACCUCUGGUGAGCCGAGCCACGGUGCGAGUCUGCCUCGUCGACCAAAACGACAACAGCCCAGAAUUAAAAAACUUUCAGAUCAUAUUCAAUAACUUUGUGUCAAAUCGUUCCAACACCUUUCCAAAUGGAGUUAUUGGUCGUGUUCCGGCUCAUGAUCCUGACGUCACAGAUCGCCUUCACUACACCAUUGAUCAUGGCAACGAGCUCCACCUGCUGCUACUCAACCACACAAGUGGAGAAAUCCGACUUAGCGGCGAACUGGACAACAACCGCCCACUGGUCGCCCACAUGCUCAUCACAGUCACUGAUGGAAUACACAGCGUCAGUGCACAGUGUGAGUUGAGAGUCCUGAUCAUCACAGAGGACAUGCUCAGCAGCAGUGUGACCGUCCGACUUCAAAACAUGUCCCAGGAGCAGUUCCUGUCACCACUGCUGACUCACUUCCUGGAGGGCGUGUCGUCGUUGCUGUCCGUGGCUUCUGCAGAUGUGUUUGUUUUCAAUGUGCAGCCAGAUGCUGAGGCGGAGCGCGUGCUGAAUGUUAGCUUUUCAGCAGCGCUGCUGGGUGGACAGUUCUUUCCUUCAGAAGCGCUGGAGGAGCAGCUUUACCUCAACAGACCCAGACUCAAUAUGCUAACACAAAUGCAGGUGCUGCCAUUCGACGAUAACGUGUGUUUACGGGAGCCAUGCCAGAACUACAUGAAAUGCAUCAGUGUGUUACGCUUCAAUAGCUCUGCCCCCUUCAUCUCAUCCCCAUCCAUGCUGUUCCGGCCCAUCCACCCGAUCGCAGGCCUGCGCUGCCGCUGUCCUACUGGCUUUACAGGAGAUUACUGUGAGAUUGAGAUUAAUAUGUGCUACUCAAACCCCUGCCUAAAUGGAGGAGUGUGUGCGCGUAGAGAGGGAGGAUACACAUGCAUCUGCAGAGAGAACUAUACAGGUGAACGAUGUGAGUUUGACCGGCGUGUUGGCCGCUGUGUCGCGGGUGUGUGUCGGAAUGGCGGGACGUGCCAUGAGGUCUCGGGCGGAGGCUUCCGCUGUGAGUGCCCAGCAGGUGGUUAUGAGAAACCCUACUGCUCCAUUAGCACCCGCUCCUUCCCACCCAAAUCCUUCAUUAUGUUCAGAGGGUUACGCCAGAGAUUUCAUCUGUCCGUCACUCUCUCGUUUGCUACUCUGGAGAGCAGUGGGCUGCUGUUUUAUAAUGGUCGAUUUAAUGAGAAGCAUGAUUUUCUGGCUCUGGAGAUACUGGAUGGACAAGUGGUGCUGAAAUACUCCACAGGUGAGACAUCCACACAGGUGAGCCCGUACCUGCCGGGAGGAGUGAAUGAUGGAAACUGGCAUACUGUCCAUAUCCAUUACUAUAACAAGCCUAAACGAACCGUUAAUGGUGGGGUGCAGGGUCCGUCAGAUGAGAAAGUAGCGGUGGUGAGCGUGGAUGACUGUGACACUGCCAUCUCACUGAGGUUUGGUGUUCAGCUGGGAAACUACAGUUGUGCAGCCCAGGGUAAACAGAGCAGCAGUAAGAAAUCAUUGGACCUGACUGGGCCAUUGUUUCUUGGUGGUGUGCCAAAUGUUCCAGACAAUUUUCCAUUUGGAACAAGAGAAUUUAUUGGCUGUAUGAAAGACCUACACAUUGACAACAGACUCGUGGACAUGGCAGUAUUUGUGGCUAACAAUGGCACCUUGCCGGGCUGCAGUGCCAAGUUGCCGUUCUGUAAGUCAAACCCGUGUAAGAAUGGAGGCACAUGCAGGGUGAGCUGGGAGACGUUCUCCUGUGACUGUCCACUAGGGUUUGGAGGCAAGGACUGUAGCCACGUGAUGCCCCACCCUUACCGUUUCCUGGGUAACAGUGUGCUGUGGUGGGAUCUAAAGAAUGAUGUCACUAUCAGUGCACCCUGGUACAUGGGUUUAGUGUUUCGCACGAGGGCCAAAGACGGGGUGCUUCUCCAGGCUCAGGCAGAACAGUAUACACAUCUAAUCUUUCAGCUCACAGCGGGGCACCUGGUGUUCUCCGUGGCACGGAGGUCAGCACAACCUGUGCGUUUACGGCUUGACCAGGUUCAGGUGUGUGACGGACGCUGGCACGACCUGCAGCUGGAGCUUCGAGACAUACGCAGUGGACGAGAGACCCGCUAUGUGGCUACUGUCAGACUUGAUUUUGGAUUGUACCAGGGCACGGUGAUGGUGGGCAAUGAAAUUCAUGGGCUAAAGGUGAAGCACCUGCAUGUGGGAGGAGUUUUAGGAUCUGGAGAGGUGCAGAGUGGAAUACGCGGCUGUAUACAGGGAGUACGUUUAGGAGUUCGUCCGGAUUCCCCUGCCUUGCCUCGCCCCUCGAAAACUCUCAAAGCAGAGCCUGGCUGUAAUGUCGGCAACACUUGCAGCUCCUCCUCCUGCCCCACCCACAGUCACUGCACUGAUGAUUGGGAACGCCCCUCCUGCAUCUGCGAACCAGGUUUCUAUGGUAAAAGCUGUACUGAUGCCUGCAAGCUGAACCCGUGUGAAAAUGAAGCUAAGUGCCACCGAAAACCCAACUACUCCCACGGGUAUGUUUGUGACUGCGGAGACAACCACUAUGGCCAGUACUGCCAGCACAGGAGUGAGCAGCAGUGUCCGCGGGGUUGGUGGGGUAAUCCUACCUGUGGGCCGUGUCACUGCGAUAUCAGCAAAGGCUUUGACCCAGACUGUAACAAAACCAACGGGCAAUGUCUCUGCAAGGAAUUCCAUUAUCGUCGGCGUGGAAGUGACGUUUGCCUGCCUUGUGACUGUUACCCAGUGGGUUCCCUUACUCGCUCAUGUGACCCAGAGAGCGGCCAGUGCCAGUGCCGACCAGGCGUGAUUGGUCGUCAGUGCAACAUGUGUGACAACCCAUUCGCUGAGGUCACACAGACUGGCUGCGAAGUGAUAUACGAUGGCUGUCCAAAAACCAUCACAAUGGGCAUCUGGUGGCCCAGGACCAAGUUUAACAUGCCCGCAGUGGUGCUCUGUCCCAAAGGAUCAGUGGGAGCUGCUAUUCGACACUGUGAUACAGACAGAGGCUGGCUGGAGCCUGAUCUCUAUAAUUGCACCUCUCCUGCUUUUGUUGAGCUAAACACAGCGCUGGAGUCUGUGGAGAGAAAUGAAACAGUACUGAACACCAUCACUGAAAAGAAGCUGGCCCAUCAGCUGCGUGACGUCACUGAGGCAACACCCCGUCUCUAUGGCAACGACCUCCAGAUAGCCGAGAGACUGCUUUCUCGCCUCCUGACCUUCGAGAGCCUACAAACAGGUUUCAGUCUGACAGCCACGCAGGAUGCUCACUUCACCGAGAAUGUGUUGCGGGCAUGCAGCGCCUUACUGAGCCCAGGCUGUGCGGGGUUAUGGAGGGCACAGAGCUCAACUCAGGAUGGUGCGGCGACGCUGGCUGAUCUGAUGGAGCAAUAUUCACGCACCCUCGCUCAGAACACCAAACAUACCUACCUCAACCCUGUAGCCCUGGUGGCACCUAAUAUCGUGAUGACUGUCGACCGUGUAGAGAACCACACACAUGUGCGGAAACGUUUCCCUCGCUAUCACAGCACAAUGUUUAGAGGCCAGAUGCUUUGGGAUGCACACACACAUGUAGUGCUGCCACCUAGUGCACUGGUGCCACAACGCAACUUCUCCCCGGUGAUUCUGCAAGCCAAUCAGACACCUGAGGUACCAGCAGCACGGCGAUCUGGCCUGCCAAAUAAUUCACCCUUUACCAUUGUAAUUCUUUUGAUAUAUCGCAGCCUGGGAGCCUCACUUCCUUCCAAAUACCACACCGACCGCCGCGGAGUCAGGUUGCCACGUCACCCGGUCUUGAAUUCGCCAGUGGUGAGUGUAUCUGUCUAUAAUAACCACUCAUUCGUGGAGGGUAUCCUGGAGUCCCCGGUCCUGCUGGAGUUCCGUCUGCUUGAAACGAGCAACCGCAGCAAGCCACUGUGUGUGCAGUGGAACCACACCAGCCCUGUGUCAGCAGGAGGUUGCUGGACAGUAAGGGACUGCAGUGUUGUCUAUAGGAACAUGUCCCACGUACGUUGCCAGUGCCACCGUCUAGGCACGUUUGGAGUUUUGAUGGACAGCUCACAUCGAGAGCAAUUAGAAGGUGACCUGGAGACCCUCGCUAUAGUAACUUACACAUCGCUGUUAGUUUCCAUGGUGGCACUGUUGCUAACGGUUACCGUCCUCUCCUGUCUGAGAGAACUGAAGUCCAACACGCGCAGCAUUCACUGCAAUAUGGCCGCCGCCACAUUCCUCUCUCAGCUCACUUACCUGCUGGGGAUCAAUCAGACUGAACAACAGUUUUUGUGCACUGUGGUGGCAAUCCUGCUGCAUUAUUUCUUCAUGUCAGCAUUUGCCUGGCUGUUUGUGGAAGCACUGCACAUUUACCGCAUGCAGACCGAAGCACGCAACAUCAACUACGGAGCCAUGAGGUUCUACUACGCCAUUGGCUGGGGAGUGCCAGCCAUUAUUACAGGACUGGCUGUGGGUUUGGACCCAGAGGGUUAUGGGAACCCUGAUUUCUGUUGGAUCUCUCUUUAUGAUAAACUCAUCUGGAGCUUUGCUGGACCCAUCGUCAUUGUUAUACUGAUGAAUGGGGGAAUAUUUAUGAUAGUGCUGCGCAUUACAUGUAAUCCAUCUCAAAAGGAGACAAAAAAACUGCCCGUAAUUGCCACUAUCCGCAGUGCCUUUCUCCUGCUGCUCUUGAGUGUGUGUGUCUGGUUCUUUGGGCUAAUGGCUGUCAAUAACAGCAUCCUGGCCUUCCACUACCUCUUCAUCAUCCUCUGCCUCAUACAGGGGUUGGCUGUGCUUUUGGUCUUCACUUUGCUGAACUCGGAGGUAAAGGAAGCCUGGAAAGCUGCCUGCUCUGGCAAAAAGAGUCCCACUGAAGACCCUUCCAGACCACCUCAAAUAACUGUCCAGAACCCAUACAACAGUGCCUCCUUGCUGGAGCAGAGUGGAUUACACCGUAUCACACUGGGAACAUCCACAGUAUCAUCAGUCAGCAGUGCUCGUAGGGAAAAUCUUCUACGUCAGACAGCUGAGCAGGCAUUGGGUCACAAGGGAGCCACUGAUCUUGAUGUAGCAAUGUUCCACCGCAACGGAGGUGAGGACUCGGACUCAGACUCUGAUCUUUCUCUGGAGGAGGAAAGGAGUCUGUCUAUCCCAUCGUCUGAAAGUGAUGACAACGUGCGUCUCCGGGGACGGAUCCAGCGACGCUUCAAACGUACCAAUCACAGAGAGCGUUUGCUCACUGAACCCACCCACAACGGCACCAAAGAUCUGGAUGGGAAUGACCUGCUUUCCUAUUGGCCAGCGUUGGAAGGGUGUGAGACCCACUCUCUGCAAAAAUGGGGUUCGGAGCGCCGUCUCGAGGCCGAUUACAGCAAAGAUGCAGCCAAUAACAAUCAGGCAGACGCUGCACUCACCAGCGGGGACGAGAAUGGACCAACCCCCAUGCACAGACACCGCAAAGGUAUCCUAAAAAACCGUCUGGGCUGCCCCCCAGCUCUGCAAGGUUUGUCCUCAGUGGGCCGGGUUCCUAGCGAGCUCUCCUGGUACCGUACAUCCACUCUGGGCCACCGGGGUGUCCCAGCCGCCUCUUAUGGUCGUAUGUGCUCCGGGACUGGCUCCCUGUCCCAGCCGGCUUCGCGUUACUCCUCCAGAGAGCACUUGGACUCACUUGCAAGGCGUCAGCGCUCUAGAGAAAACCUUGACCUGUUGCCACGUAGACGUGAGUUUGGCUCCAGAGAACACCUAGGCCCCGUCCACAGCAUCCACGCCUCUAGAGAAGAUCUUGGCGCCGCAAUGGCUGCUAUUGGGGGGGUAACAGGAAUGGAGGGCUCAUUGAGAAUGCCGCUAAGCAAUCUGUUAAGGCAGCACGCAUCCAGAGAGCACCUCAGCCGCUCCAGAGACCAGCUGGAGUCCAAUGGAGGCGCCGGAACGGCACCACAGCCAUGCCGCGAAUGGCUUCGAACUCUCCCCCCACGACAACUCUCACAUUCUGAAUCGCACUCUACAUCCUCUCCUCCACCACCAAUCACUGAGGAACCCCAAGAAGCUGCAGCUUUACUGCGUGGGCGCCUAGACUCCGCUCCUCAAUGUAGAUAUCCCGUGGCUUCAAUGGUCCCUGGUGGCCCACCCAGCCGGCAGCCUUCUACAGAACAGCUGGACAUUCUCUCAUCUAUUCUAGCCUCCUUCAGUUCCACAGUGCUUCCUAACCCUUCCUCCUCCACCACUGGCCCGUCACCCUCACCCCCUCCUCAUUCUGCAACCUCGCAAAGCAUCUCUGAAGUGUCACCAGAUUCAGAACCUCACAGAAGUGAUGGACAGUCUUGAUGAUGUCUCACCAGUCCCAUGAUGCGUUUCUGCUCAUGGGCAUAGAGGGACAGCAGAAGGCCAAGUACACUGAGAAGGUUUCAGGUGUUUUCUGACAUACUGGAGGACCUGAGAGGACUGACUGAGAGACAGUGUGGUGGAAUCUCCGGAGACAAGUUGUUUACAGUCAUAUUUUAUAUUAGCCUUUUACGGCUAUAAAUACAGGGUGAGCACUAGUAUUAAACUGCUGGACACUGAUGGACCGUUACUGAAAACGCUGAACAGAGAAGAAACAAAUAGCUUGUACAUAACCUUUUUAUACCUUUUUGUAUUUUUUUCAUUUGCAAUGCAGGAAUCUGAUGUUUUUACAGACGUGUGUCCGGCAUAUGGGGUUGUUGAGUGCGUGGUGCUUCAGUACAGUGGACUCCUAAACCUAUU